UCUUUUGACAAGUCGAAAGCAUCCACCUCCUCGGUCGAUCGAGCCGCAGCUGCCUUGCCUAGCUACCUACCUUUUCAUCGUUCGACCGGCCGAGGGUUCGUCUGAGGCAUGCAGCGGCAGCCGGCGGCGGCGGUGGGGUUCGAGUUCGAGGCGGACCGGAAGGCGGCGGCGCGCACGGUGGAGCGGGCGCUCGGGUACAGGUUCCGCGACCGCGCGCUGCUGGACGAGGCCCUCACGCACAGCAGCUGGCCUCCCGCGCGCGCUCCCACCACCAAGGGCGGCGGCGGCGAAGGCGGCGUGGGGCGCCGCCGAACGUACCAGCGCCUCGAGUUCGUCGGCGACGCCGCCCUCGGCCUCGCCUUCUCCGGCCUCUUCUACCGGGAGUACCCCGACCUCGGCCCCGGCGUCCUCACGGAGCUCCGCUCAGCAAACACCUCCAACGAGAAGCUCGCCCGCGCCGCCGUCCGCCACGGCCUCUACCGGCUGCUCCGUCGCCACAACUGCGAUCGCCUCGACCUCCGCGUCAGCCACUUUACCGUGUUUGUCAAUGGCAAUGUGCCAUACAAUGGUCAAGUCGUUGAGGCCCCCAAGGUGCUUGCUGAUAUUGUUGAGGCCAUUGCCGGUGCCGUUUAUGUGGAUUGCAAAUUCGACCUCAAACAGUUCCAGAAGGUCGUAGAGAAGCUGUGCUCUCCAAUCAUCUUCGAAGAAACACUCUGCAAGGACCCAGUGUCCAUGUUGAAGGAACACUGCGAGAAACACAACAAGGCCUUAGGAUACACUGAAUCGGACUCAGAGUACACCGAAUCGAUUGGCGUGCUGAAGGUCGCAAACGUGAUCGUGCAUGGGGAGCUGGUUGGAAUCGGCUCGGCGAAGCAGAUGAGAGUCGCUAGGCGCAACGCGGCGCGAGACGCAGUGGCCACCCUUCGGCUGGUGGGUGGAGAGGAGCGCGGAGUGGCCACGGCUGGGUGUGGCUUUGGCGAUGGAGCAGGGGAGGAUGAAGCUGGAAAGGUUAGGCUCAGGAGGUGGUUUCUGCUGGGUGCUGCCUUGUGGUUGUGUUUUAAGUUGCUGUGGGAGUAAAUUAGUAAAAGGCAUUGCAGUUCUAAGAGUUUGUCUUUAUAGAUUGAAUUGCGGUUAGAUAUAAUGUUUUAUUCAACCAUCACGUCUGUUUCAGUUGUUCCCACCAAAACAUUGUAAUAGUGUUGUUUGCUAUAGAUAUUAAAAUAAGGGGAUUGCUGUAUAACAUUCGAUGUUUUUUUUUUUUUGAAAACAUUCAUAACUGUAGUAUAUAUAACUAGAAGUCUGGGAUAUAUUUAGAGAAAAUUCCCUAGGUACCCUGAAAAU